UUCAGCGAGCAUCUCACCUUGGGCUAUGGAUCGCUUUGCCUCCUGCCCUUGACAGCUGCUUGUCCUGUCACCGUUCAUCGCCAUAAAACCUUUUUUAUUCAUUCCUUCACCCGACCUGUUGUUCCUCUGAAAGCUUCGAAAAUCCGUUUUCCCCAAAUCUAGAGCAGAUCUUUUCUCUGUCGUAGACACGGGUUCUCUCAAGUUCACACCAAGCAGGAACCAAGCUCAAAAAGGCACACGCUCGGCUCUCAAAAUCCACUCCGCAAGCAGGAAGAGGACACUCGGGAAGUCCAGGCAGGCCCUGCGGCGUCAUACUGUACGGGAAACAUCUCUCUGUCGUGACGUGGCUGGGAUCGUCAGAAUCGGGAAUAGACAGCCGCUGGGCCUUUACACGGGGGCCGGUUCACUGUCCCCCAGACCGCUGGAGGGCCGGACUAUAAAGAAAAAGAAACUGUGCACGGCUGUCUGGGAGAGCGGAGGCUGCAGCGCUGGCUGGGAUGGGCCUGUCCUCACUGCCACCCCUAUACCGGGCAGCAGUACACACAGUGCGGAAUCCCCUCCCCCAGCUCGCCGCUCCCCGUGCUGACGUCUCCCAUCGUGCAGCCACAUAACCCUUUGUGCAGCGCCUCGUUCUCGUUCAGUUACUCUCAGAACAAGGCGCCAAGCAAAGGAUGACGUCACCGGAAGUAGUGCUGUACGUGAGCCACGCCACGCUUUGGGGCACCCCCAUAUACAGUGCUCCUCCCACUGACCACCAAUGAAAGAGGUGCCCCUUCCAGAAGUGCGGUGGGGGCCGGAUCCAUGGCCUCGGGGGCUGCGUGUGACCCACUGUAGGCUGAUCUUUGUGAAACAGAACUCGUAACUGAACGAGCCACUGGGGUGCUCAGCCCACCUGCUAAUGGGACAGCCAAACGGGAACGGCACGCACAGGUGGGGAAGCCACCCACGGGAGAAGCUCCAAGGCCCCUCCAGACUCUGACUUUCUGCGCCCUCCCUCCCUCCCACUUCCUCAUCUCGGGGCCCGGGACUUCCUCCCAGGUGAAGAGCACGGUGACGGCAGUGGGAGUGGACGGCCGGCCUGAUGAGCACGUCGGCUCCAGGCUCCCUCCCCGGCUCCGAGCCACGCAGCCAGAGAGCUGAGCCAGUUUUCUCCUGCUGGCCUCGUCCUGGGACUGCUCCCCACUUGUCAAUGCACAGCGUAGCGCGUUCUUGGCCUACGAUGUGGCGCGUCGGCCUCGUCUCUGCUUACAGAGCUUGGCUACGAGAGGGAGAGGAGGGCCGGAGUGCCAACAGUGCCCACUGUCGCCUCUUCAAGGGCCCAGACGGACCCGAUAAGACCAUAACAGAAGAGAAACUCCCUUCGCCCUCUUUGGUGGCAGGCCCAGAAUGAAGUCCGGACAUGCAUUGGCAAGGAAAGAGCACAAUGGGGAAACCGAGUCCCCAGGCUUCUCUCUCUGCGGCCAUGCCGAGCUGAAGCCCGAGAUUUUCCCCAAGGACAGACGUCUGCCUGUUGUUCUCACACUGCAGCACGGGCCAUUUCCACCAGGGACUCCCAAUAAUACCAAACUCGAGUCUGGGGGACCUCAAUGAGCAAAAUUCCAUGUUGCCCAAUUUAGGCCUUCGAGACUCCGUUCUGUCAUGUCGCCCUAGCAGUCCAUUUCAUGUAUCCUUCCUUUGUACAUUGAACCGGCCACCCUGGGUGGGAGGCGUCGAGGCCUUCUUGUCUCCCACCCUCGAUGGGGCUUGGUGCUGGGGCCGGGCGACUUCCUCUGAGCCUGCAGAGAAUCAGGAACGGGAGCCUUCACAAAUGAGUCACCGGGGGAAGGGCUGAAUGCUCAGGCUUGCGGCUGGGCUCGCCCAGUGGCCUCUGCAGUCACCAGGGAGCUUUGUGACCACUCCGGGCUCCGGUCACGCUGCAGUGCCUUUCUCCUGCUUGCCCAGGCCCAGGGGCUGCCUUUGCUAUUGCCUUUGGGCUUCUGGCUGCUUUGGGGCAUCGCCUGGGCUAGAUAAAGUCAUUGACCAUCUAGUUCUCCUUAUUUUACAAUCUCUCAUUCACUUGUCCUGCCGGCCACCUCAAUUCUCUUUAUACGCUUUAUCCUAAUUGGUGCUUACAACAGUCCUGGAAAUAGUUUUCUAUGGGAACAUUUUUAUUAAAAUACAUUUCAAAAUAGUAUCUUUCUAAUUUUACAAAUGGAGAAACUGAGGCCAAGGGUGUAAAGUGGCGGCUUGUCUAGGGCCAUAUAAUGGCAGAGCUGAUGCUAAAAAUCUCUUUCUUUGGUUAUAUUGCUUUUGCUCCAUGCACGAUUUUCCCAAGUUGCUUUUUUGGCACUUACUUGCCCUGUUUUGGGGAAGGAAUCAGAACUAAAGUGCUGCGUAAAAAAUACGCCUAAAAAUGGACCAAGGGCCCCAAUUGCGGCAUCCUUAUGACAGGACGUUAUCCUCAUCCUGGGAAGCGGCUGCCGUGUAAGUCCCUUGAUUUCCACCGUAAGAGGAGAGAAUCCCCCUUCCAUCUGCGGUGAGGCUGCCCGGCCCUGCCGCCAUGCCAGUAACCCUCUCUUCAUAUCCAAAACACCUUUUAGGAAGAAGUAGCCGAUGGCGUUGGGCCGAGGCUGGACGCUUGCCCCGAGGCCUUCUUGCAGCUUUCUUGGCCUUUGUCCGAGGACGGCCAGGAGGCCCACUUCCGCCCCUUCCCCUUGGAGGCAGCCCCUCUACAGAGCCGCCACCAGCUUCUUGGGCCCAGAAGGACAGGCCUUCCUGGAAGAGAACACUGAAGUGACCAACACUGGCAACCUCACCCCAGAAAUCCGGCUGCGGCUUCUGACCCCUCGAUGCAGGUUCUGGCGGGAAAGAGGCGACUUGUGGCCCUACAGUGAUCCCUACUGGGCAAUCUACUGGCCAGGAGGCCAGGCCCUGACCAGGUACCUCUUGGAUAAUCCUGACGUCGUCAGGGGAAGAUCUUUACUAGAUGUGGGGAGUGGAUGUGGAGCUACAGCCAUUGCCGCUAAAAUGAGCGGGGCGUCAAGGAUACUGGCCAACGAUGUUGAUCCUAUUGCAGGCCUGGCUGCCUCUUUGAACUGCAAAUUAAAUAACCUGGACCCGCUUCCCACCUUAGCACAGAACCUCUUGGACUCAGAACCGGCUCCGUGGGAGGUCAUCGUCCUGGGAGAUAUGUUUUAUGACACGGACCUUGCGGACAGACUUCUUCAGUGGCUGAGGAAAUGCAUGUGGACUCACGGAACCAGAGUGCUGAUCGGGGACCCCGGGAGACCCCAGUUCUGUGGGCUCGGCAUCCACAAUCGCUUAGAGAAGCUAAUUACGUACUCGCUUCCGGAGCCCACCGGGGAGGAAAACUAUAGCCUGACGACGAGCUCCGUUUGGAACCUCCAGCCCUGAACUCCCAUUGGGCGCCCCCGAGCACUGGUGGAUGCCGCUGUCCCUGGGACUGCGUUUAGGACCUCCAAGAUGUGUCCCAGCUGCUUUUCCUUUCUUGUACCCAGCUGCAAUUCCGCCCGCGGCAGCCCUUUGUCACUUUGUUUGCUGCUUUGUUUUCCUUGAACACAAGGGAUUGUUUACUACUUGGAGGGCACAAGCCCGCGGCCUGUUCUGGUCUUCGGCCAUCACCGCUAUUAGCGGGAAGAGGGCGCUUUUCUUUGAAGCCUAGCGGGUUCCUCACAACUCCUUGUAAGAAUGAUUGUUGUUUUUGUCUCCAAUUACGCUGAAGCAAUUUUUAACAUUCGCUUUUGGCUUUAUUUAAUUUGGAGCUCCAGAUAUUCUCCCUCCAUCCCCAAGCCUCCCUCUGACCAUCUGAUAGUUUGAUUCGUUGAUUCGAUGAUUUAUUCAUUAUUCAUGCAUCCCUUCCACCUUAGAAUCAAUCCUAUGUAUCGUUCCAAGGCAGACGAGCCGUCAGGGCUAGGCAAUCAGGGAGCACCCAGCAAGGAAGUGUCUGAGGCCAGAUUGGAACUCAGGACCUCCCGUGUAGGGUUCCAGAUAGGAACCAAUUAUGAAAGAGUGAAAAGCUGACUAACGAGCAAAGUGCUUAUGGCUACGUUUCUGCGAUCUCUCAUGAUUGCCUUCCCCAUCGGGCCGGUUGUCUAAUGUCAAAGGCUCUCCUUUAGCACUUGUAUGAGAGAUCCGGGUGAUGAAGGGGACGUGAACGGGGCUUGGGAUGGGCUCUCGUGUCUGAUUACUGACAGGAGGCUGCUUCUGCUGCGGGUCCCCUCUUUGAUGAUCUCUCUCGCACCCCCCGCGGAAGAACCUCCACAAACGCCGGUCCCCCCGACUGCCACAACGCUGACACCAUCAGAGGCAGGCCGCACGGGCUGGACGUUCCGCUGAAGAUUCCUGAGGCGCUGGGCCUCGGGUCCCUCUUAAACCCUUGCGCCCCUAUUCCCUCGGUCCCCAGCUUCCCUUCCGGUGGUCAGCCCGCGUUAGAAUAUGUUGUCUCUGGGCCUGGCUGUAUCCCCUAAGCGGCCUCCCCCAGUACAGACUGUACGCAUGCACUCAAGGAAGACGCUUUCCUUAGUGGUCCGUUGUGGCAGAAAACGCAGAGAAACAAACAAACGAAGAAGCGAAACCGAGGACGCUUCCUCGCGAGGGAGAUCCCGCUUUUCAGGCCUUUGGGACGGUCUUGGAUCAGGGGCAAAGCCCUGCCCGGUGCUUGUCUCUACCCAGGGCUCGCCUGGUUCUCUCUUCGUUCUGCAUCGUCACUUCCUGUGGCGGUUUCCAGGGGGAUCUGAAACCGCCCCGUUGUCCUUUCUUGUGGCCCGCCAGUGUUCUCUGACGAGCAUUCAGCACAGCUUGUUCAGCCCCUCACUUUCCAAUUCUUUGUCACCACAGAAAGAGCUGCUGGAGAUAUUUUCUACAAAUAGAUCCUUUUUCCUUUUUCUUUUUAAAUCUCUUUUGGAUGUAGACUUAGUAGUUUUGCUGGAUCAAAGGGUUUUAUAUCUACAUUUUAUAACCUUUGGAGAUUGCUUCAAAUUGCUCCCCAGGAUGGUUCAUGCAGUUCACAACUCUCCCAGCAGUGCCUUAAGGCCUCAAUUUUCCCACGUCCCCUCCAACACUUGCCAUUUUUCUCUUCAUAUUGGCCAGUCCGAGAGGCAUGAGGUAGUACCUCAGUUAUUUUAAUUUGCAUUUCUCUAAUCGCUUUUUCACACAAUUAUAGAUUAUUUUGAUUACUUAGUCUGAAAAUUACCUGUUCAUAUCCUUUGACCAUUUAUCAAUUGGGGAAUGAUGUGUGUUCUUAUAUCUUUGACUCAUUUCUCUGCAUAACUGAGAAACGGGACCUUUAUUAGAGACUUGUAAAAAGUGUUUGCACCAUUAUGCUUACUGUGUAUUACCUUCCAUCCUAGUAAGCCCUGUUUAGUUUCUGACCGUCACCUCCUGGAAUUUGUUCUCUUUUCUAUCAGCCCACCAGCCUUCUCUUAUCCCCCUCCCCUCCUAUUUUCCUGCAGGGUAAGAUAGCUUUCUCUACCCAACUGACACUGUAUGUUCUUCCUUCAUUAAUCCAAUUCUGAUAAGAGUAGCCUUCAGCCCACCUCCCCCUAUUGUCAAUGCUUUUUCUUGCCUUUUUUGUGUGCAGUAAUUUAUCCCAUCCUAUUUUCCCCUUCUCCCUCCUCCCAAUGCAUUUCUCUUUUUCAUGCCUUAAUUUAUUUUUUUAUGUCAUCCCAUCAUAUGCAACUCACACACUUGCCCUCUAUCUGUGUAUACUCCUUCUAACUGCCCUAAUAAAGAUAAAGUUCUUGGGUGUUAAACACAUUAUCUCUCCAGAUAGGCAUACAGGGAUGUACAAAGUUUAACCUUAUUGAAAUGUCUUUUGAAUUCUUUUUCCUGUUUACCUUUUUUUUUUUUGAUUCUCUUGAGUCUUUUAUUUGAGAGCCAAAUUUUCCAUUCAGCUCUGAUCUUUUCAUCAGGAAUAUUUGAAAGCCUCGUUUCAUUGAAUACCCAUUUUUUCUCCUGAAGAAUUAUGCUCAGUUUUGCUGAGUGAUUCUUGAUUGACAUACUAGUUCCUUUGUCCUCUGAUCCUUUCAUGUAGAAGCUACCAAGUCUUGUGUUUUCCUGACUCUGGUUCCCUAAUAUUUGAAUUUCUUCUUUUUUGACUGUUUGCAGUAUUUUCUCUUUGACCUGGGAGUUUUAGAAUUUGGCUAUAAUAUUCCUGGGAGUUAUCCUUUUGGGAUCUCUUUCAGGAGGUGAUUGGUGGAUUCUUUCCAUUUCUACUUUGCUGGCUGUUUCUAGAAUAUCAGGGCAGUUUUCCUUGACGAUUUCUUGAAAAAUGAUAUCUAAGCUUUUUUUUUUUAUCAUAGCUUUCAGGUAGCCCAAUAAUUCUUAAAUUAUCUCUCCUGGAUUUAUUUUUCAGGUCAUUUGUUUUUCCUGAGAUAUUUCACAUUUUCUUCUAUUUUUUCAUUCUUUUGACUGUUUGAUUAUUUCUUGAUGUUUCAUAGAAUCAUUAGCUUCCACUUGCCCAGGUGUAAUUUUUAAGGCAUAAUUUUCUUUAGGGAGCUUUUGUACCUCCUGUUCCAUUUGGCCAAUCUUACUUUGUAAAGAGUUCUUUUCCUCAAAGAAUUUCUGUACUUCUUUUUUCAAAGAGCCAGUUUUGUCUUUCAAGAAGAUUUUUUUUUUCAUCAGUGCAUUUUGGUAUAUCUUUUCCCAUCUAGCUGAUUCUGCCUAUAAGAAGAUCUUUUCUUUUUUGGAUUUCUGUGUCAUUUUUACCAAUUAGCCUACUCUGUUUUUUAAGAUAUUAAUUUCUUCAGUAUAUUUUUGUGCCUCCUUUACCAAACUUUUGACUUUUUCAUGAUUUUUCUGCAUUCAUUUCUUUUCGUAGUUUUUUCUAUCUAUUUUUAUAAUCCAUUUUAAGCUCCUCCAUUAAUUCUUUUUGGGUUUGAGUGCAAUUCAUAUUUUUCUUGGUGGCUUUGACUUUUUGUCUUCUGAGUCUACCCUGUCAUCAAAAUAACAUUCUAUAUUGAGUUUCUUUGUGUGUGUGUGUGUGUGUGUGUGGUUUGCUCAUUUUCCAGGCUUUUUCUCUUCUUUUAACUUAAAAAACUGUUCAAGUUGGGCUCUAUAACUGUGGUGAGGGGCACUGUUCCAAGAUUCAGAUUCAUUGGGCAGCUGCCUUCAGAGCUGGCUUUGGGGAUCUAUCUGCUUUCAGUUCUUCCAAGGUGGUAUGAUGUGAGGAGAGCUGUGUUCAAUACUCUACAGGCCUGUGUUCUGCUCUCUUUUAUCCCUCAGAACUGUGAACAGGGUUCCCUGCUCCUCUGUGGCUGCCAGUGCUGAUGUCAGUUGGUGCUCCUCCUCAUCCUGCAACUGGGCCCCAGGGCGGCAACCCAGUUCUUUUAUGGGCAGUGCUACAAGAGUCUCACACCCAGAGCAGCAAAGGGAUUCCUAUAAUCUCCUAAGCAGUUGCCCAAACCUUCUCAACCUCUGUGGUGAGAGUUCUGGAAGCUUUGGCAGCUGCUUCAAUUGUGCCCCAGAUCUUUUGCUUCAACAGGGCCUGCCCUUGUGAGCCAUGCUUCACUGCCACCUGAUGCACCAGAUCCCUCACGCUAGUCUUCUAGGUGGUUUUGGGUGAAAAAUGACUUUGCCUUGUAUUUGGUGGGCUAUGCUACUCCAGAAUUUUUUUUUUUUGAGGUAUUCUAGAAUUGCUUUUUGGAUGGGGUAGAAAUCAGAUGGGUCUCUUUGCCUUCUCCACCAUGUUGGCUCUGCCCCCCUCCAAGUAACUCUCCCUAUUAAAUAUCUUCCACUGGAUGUCCUGUAGACAAAGUAAUAGUUUAUUGAAAAAUGAAAAAUAAGAGCUUCCAGAGCAGAUGCUGCUGGAAGCCUACUUGUGAGGCCGUAAGAGGACAUAGACAUCUUGAGCCAUAUACCCAAAUAAACUCCAAAUGGGGACAUGAUGUAGACCUAAAUGGUACUACUAUCUGUAUAAUUGAAAAUCUGUUAUCCUAAAAAAGAACUACAUUUCCCGGGAGUCCACUGACUUCCUGUCAUUGUGUUCUUCCUGAAGACAGGAGAUAUUAGGCGGGGACGUGGAGGGUCCCGCCUCUUUACUUCCUGUCCCGAGUUUGGUGGUGGUAAGGCAGGUGUUUGAACUGGCUGAUUAGCCAUGGGCACGUGGUCUUUAUUUUGUAUCCGCUUUAAUCCUUUAUUUCUAAUGAUCAAUAAUAAAUCUCCUAAAGUAUAACAUUUUAUUAUUUGAGAUUAAUUUUAAUUCUUACAUUUUUGGUAACCAGAAGGGAUGAGAAAAAACUCAAAUUUUUUAAAAGAUAGCCUAGAUAAAUUUUUUAAGCCAUGUUUCCUGCCAAGGCUUGUUGCCCACCCCACGUACCCACCCACCCUCACAAAGUCCAAGAGAACUUCGAACUCUCUUUGGAGUUGCUGCCUUUUUCUUUCCUUACUUUUAGCCCGGUCACUCUCUGGGCUAUUUUUAGCUGGAGGACUCUGCUUGAGUCUAUGUUCUUCAGUUCCUCACUGCUGCCUCUGGCAAUCCUCCUCCUGAUCUCUGGCUCUGCUCCUAUUCCUGCUUCUGAAUUGGCCUCCAAUCUGACCCCGAUCACUAUUGCCAAUCCUGCUGGGCUGCUGAUGCUGCCAUUGAGAAGCUAUUACUGCCACUGAGUUCUUGGAGCAGCUCUCUGGGCAACUGUUAAAACUGGGGUGUAUUUUCCUUAGGGGACAAUUAGUCUGCGAAUUCCCUCUCCACAUGGCUGGGGAAACUAGCAUUUUACCUGGGGGGGGGGGGAGAGGGAAGAAGGAAGUUACUCUUCCAAACAGGAAGUAAAUUGCAAGUAUGGAAUACUCUAUGAAAAGAGCAGCACCUUGCUUAUUUCAAACAGUUUCUACCAUUCAUGAGUGCGUUUAUCCUUUCACUUAGCUUGCCUGAGAUUCAUGGGAGAUUCACCUCCCUACAACCCUUUGCAAUUUGGGUCUGCCCAGUCUCCAAGAUUCAUCUAGUUUGGGAUUCCUCAAACCCAUGUUCUCUCUUGUUAUAGUAAAUCUCACAGUUCUGACAAAAGGAAUCUGAACAGAUAGGGAAAGGAACUUUUAAAGAGACUGGAGGUGAACAUUUUAAGCCUCUUCAGACUCCUUUGUUUUACGAAAGUCUCUGUAUUUUAUUGUAUUUGGCUGAUUGUCUGCUUUAAGAUUGAAUUUUGUUCUUUUAAGUUCAUAUAUUAACCUGAUCAAUACUAUUGUUACACUGAAUCAUUUUAAUCUACUGUUUUAACUAUUAGAUAUAUUCUGUUAACUUUCCCCUAUGACCACUGAUCAAAAUAUUGUAAAAUAUUGCAAAAGCCCAUAGACAGCUUUUUUUUAAUUUUAAUUUUUUUACAUUUUGCAAUUGUUAAUUGUCACAUAGAUGAUGGAUGGACUCAACCUGGAUAACAACCUUUGGAAAUUUUAAUGAGCUAAGAAUUUAAAUGGUAACUCAAAGUGGUCUUCAGAAAUAAUUUUAAUUAACUAGUGGUUUCUGAAUGGAUGAUUUUAAAAAUAUUUAUAUUAUGAAGAAUGCUGUACUAAAGGUAGAGAAACAAAGAAAUGUUCCUACCAAGGUGUUUCUAUGAAGCAGGAAGCCAAAAAGAGCUCCUGCAAAACUCUUCAGUUUAAUUUACUUUCACCAGAACAAUCUAGAUUUCUUGGUGAUGUUCUAGACCUAAAUAAGUUUUACUUUGUUAAAAAAAAUUGCCAUGGUUGAAAGAUUUGCUACAUCUGUAAAAAUUGGGACAAAUAUACAUCAAUUCAUAGUUGGUUUUUUUUUGUCAUACAACAGCUUAUAUGAAAUGUGAUAGUGGGUUUGUUUGCUAUUGUAAUUAACUGGGCUAUUGUCAAUUUUGGGGACUUUGGUGCUUCUUUGAAUGUGCAUUACUGUUUCAUUCUGAAAAUUGUUUGUACUCACACAGUGAUUAAGUUAAAAAGGAAAUGGAUCUCAUUUUUUGUGAGAAACCUUUGUAAAAAAAAAAACUUCUUGGCUGACACAGUGUGUCACUGAUUGUAAGCUAUAUGUUUUUGAUUUUUAAAACUGUUUUUUAUUAUUGUUUUUCCUUGCAUGUGUGAUAAUGUAUCUGAGUUUUCUUAUUCUCUCCAUUUUGUAUUUGAAGCACAUGUCAACAAUAUUGAGAAGAUUUUUCUUUAAUUUUUUUAUUUUGUAGUAAUAUAAGUUUAAAAUACAUUUGUUCUAAUAUUAAUGCAUACCCAAAAAGGUUUAACUAUAAAAAUGAUGCCAUUGAUUGUUUAAAAAAAAAUUAUAGGACUUUGCUUAAUGAUUUUGUCUGAUUCCAGAAGGGAAUACAAAAAGAGCCAUUGCACAGUGCCAAAGCACAAAGCUAAACUGCAUAGUGCCAAUUGAGCACAAGGUCAAAAAGACCAACCAAUUCCAAUGGGAUUGAUGAAAUUUUGAGCCAAGACAAGAGGACUUGAACUUGUUUGGGUUUUGAGGUUGCGGCUGUUUUGACAUGUCAAAGGCAGGUCUUCCUUGUCCCACAUUCUACCAAGUAUCUCAAUUUGGCUCCUACCUGUCUCCUACAAUCUUACUCCCUUUUCUGUCUUUCAUGGUGUGGCAAAACUUUCUGUAAUCCUGGCUGCUGAUUGGGUAAAUGCAUAAUUGCUUAAAUCACUUUAAUUGGGCCCUGAUUCAAUGACCUGUUAUAGAUUUGUUUUUCCUUUACUUAGAAUUUUUAUACAUAAGACUUUGAUAGUUUAUAUUUCAUCCAUAAAUUAUUUCUCUUUUAUUUGGAUUUUUUAAAAUGUUUUUUCUUUUAUCUUAUCAAUUGAUUCAUAUAACUCAGCCAUGCAUCCCUAAGUGAUUCUUGUGUUUUUCAACACCCUCUUCGGGGGGCAAUGUACAAUUAUUCUAAAAUGCAAAGUUUAAACUCUUUUGAGAGUAAUUUUGGGUUUAAAAACAUGCUACCUCUCCGAAUUCAGAAAGUGAACUGUUUGGAGAAGGCACCAGGAAGAUGCCUCCCCAGAACACACACUGCACUAGAAGAUACAGAGUGAACUUUGGGAUGUGGUGAUUUGAACUGUGUGGAGUUGAAUGUAUUUGUUUUGUAUGUAUACUCUUAUGCCAAAGGGGACUUCCCCAUAACUGGCUUUUUGUCAAUGCACCUAGCAAUCAUUGGUUUUGUUCUCUUUUCGUCUUAUCCUCAAAUUAUUGUAAUUUCAAAGUUGGUUAUGUCUACAAGAUCCGUUGGAGAGACUAGUCUUCCAUGGAUCUCGGGGCGGGGGGGGGGGGGGGGGAACAUAUAAUUGAAACUCUGUUACCCUAAAAAACUACAUCUCCCAGGAGCCCACUGACUUCCUAUCAUUACAUAUUUCCUGUAGACAGCGGAUAUUAGGUGGGGACAUGGAAGGUCCUGCCUCUUUACUUCUUGUCCCGAGCUUGGUGGUGGUAAGGUAGGCAUUUGAACUGGCUGAUCAGCCAUGGGCACCUGGUCUUUAUUUUGUAUUCUCUUUAUUCCUUUAUUUCUAAUGUUCAUUAAUUGUAGUCGAGGAUUACCUCCUCUUUUCUUUAUUUGUAUUUGCCUAAGAUAAAGUUGUGGACUUACUUAUCUUUGCUUCAGACAAAGAUGAGGAUUGACCUUUGCCCAUCUUGGGACUAAGGAUGGAACAGUAAACAUGAAGGUUGCGGGAUAACAUUUAUGAAGGGCAAAUUGCGAUUAGGUGGGUGCCUCUCCCCUCGUCUGCCCCUCUUCCCUUUGUUUGUAUUUGCAUUAAAGGAAGAAUGUAGGCUGACCUUUGAACACCUGACUAUCCCUUGAUCAAGAUUAGGGUUUCUGGAAUGUAGAGUUGUACAUUCCUGUAGGUUUUUUGUCUAAGUAGUCUUUACCUAUGAAAGUUCUGUGUGAAGCAAAUAAAAUUGGCACUAUUUCUCUCUUUCA